AAUAAUUAUGAAAUGGCACAUUGUUUACUUUCUAGUGCGAACUCUUUAUAAAAUUCUGCCAAAUCUUGGCAUAUCGUGGAUAUUCUGGCUUUGUAUAGGAGCCGUGGUGUUGUUGCUUGCGUCUGCCAGUCUGUAGACUUGCUGAUUUGGGAUAUUGGCUUUGUUUUCAGCGUCGGAUUAUUCUUCUGGAUUUUGACAAUUAGUCAUGUCUGCCCUCGGAUUAAACGAUCACCACCAACAACAAGCAUUGAAUUUCAUUCGAUUCAAUCGUUACAAGCGUUCUCAACGGUUAAAAGGUGUUGAUCAUUGUUUCCAAGAUUUAAAAGACAGCAGACUAUAUGAGGAUACUUACACAGUGGACGAAGUCACAGAGAUGCUGGAUGGACUUCUGACAGUUUGUCGAAGCGAGAUGGAAUCGGAAUUACUAAAUUCUAGCCACACGAGUGUGCUGUUGAUGAGACAGAUGUUGACUCAAGCCGAGAAAUGGCACCUGAAGAUCGAGGCUGAUAUCUCAGAACUUGAAAACAGAGAACUUCUUGAACAGAUUGCGGAAUUUGAAGAAAGAGAACUGACACUAGGUGGCUCCUCAUCAGCUCCAAAACCUAAACUCGCUCCGUUAAAUGAAACUGGAGGGACUGCACUUUUACAAAUGGAAAUAGAGCGACUGAAUGGAGAGCUUGAAAGAUUCCAACAGAGGAGUAAGAAAAUGGAAGAACAGGUCAACGCUGUUUUGAGAGAGAAAAAUGCACUUCAAGAACAAGUCAAACAGUUGGGAGAAAAGCCUGUUGCAACAAUGGACUCAGCGACAGUCUCUCAACUUGAAUCAGACAUGAAGAAAUUACGUUCAGAAUUCAACGAAAAUUUGAACGAAAAAAUAUCGGAAAAUAGAGUUUUGGAAAUUAACCUGACGACAUCUAAACACCAGUUACUGCGAGUUAAGGAGCAAUUAGAAUUAGCAGAGAAAGAAUUGGACAAAAAAUUCCGCGAGACUGCAGCAUAUCGGAAUAUGAAAGAUAUGUUAACGAAGAAAAAUAACCAGAUUAAAGAUUUGAGAAAGACAGUUGCAAAAUAUGAACCAUCAGACUGAGAUCAACACUCCUCAUCAAACAUUCACAUUUAGAAAAUAUUAUUUACCUGCACUAACAACACGUUACCUAUAUUUAUUGCUUUAUCCAUUCCACUCGAGACUUCAUGAGAUGUUAUAAGGUACUUGGAAUCAAAGUUCAUUCAUAAUGGCUUCUAGCCCCGAAAUCGAAAUUCUGAAUUUCUGGGAGUGAUGAAAGGAGUAAAAUUGGUGAUGAUAAGAGUCAAAAUUUGAUACAGAAACUUUGACAAUUUUCGCAGCCCUUAUCGCUUGUAGCCCUAUACUCUUUAUCUCGUCAUGAUAUCUAUUGCCAAUAUCAGAGUCUCUUACGAGAUUGCAUGAUAUGGUAAGGGUUGGAUGUUAUGAUACAAACCAUAAACAUUUACUCCAAUAUUUUAUACCAGUAAAACGUUGCGAAAACACUGUAGCCUGAUUAGAAGAUACAGGUUUCAAACUUAUACAUCUUUGACAAGGUUAUUUAUUUCAUUUAUAAUUUUAAAAUCUUGAUUAUGAACUCAAGUUUCAGUUUUGAAUUUUGAUUUAUGGGGUGUUAUCAGCAUUUUAUUCAAGUGGGUAAAAAAAAAUAAAAGUUCCCCCCUUUUCACACUUAUCUCCAAUCCCCAGAUUCAUAUACAUUGGUUAUCUAUGUUCAUACAUAUAUUUUAUGCACUGUAUGUAGCCACCAACGUAGCUGCACUUUAUAUACUGUAUUAAUGUUGUUUAUUUUUACUAUAUUCAUUCCCUGACAAUCUAGUUUUAUAUAUGUCAAGUCAAAUUUGAUUGCAUGUAAUGGCCUAUCUGUUUGUGUAUCGGUCGGAUAUUAAGAUUCCCAGAGGCGUAUCCAGAAAUUUUGAAAUGGGUGUUCUAAAAUUUAUAAUUGCCAAGUUAUGACUAACAACCAGUGGGCCCAGUCGAAGUCCGGAAAAAGUGGCUUUUUCAGAAUCUCAUGCGAAAAUUGACAAUUUCAUUUUGAUAAUCAUUAGGAGAAAAUAGCAACCCUGUAACAAAAAACGGUUCCAUUACAUUGGAACCCACGACAAUUGCACCUAUAGAUUUUUUUUUUGUUUUGCGGAUAUUUGAACCCGUACUAACCCUAACCCAUGGGUUUUAGCACCUGCAUUUAGAUUGAACCUGCGGAUAUUCGCAUGGGUUGAAGUGUACGUGGAUUCAAAUUUACGGUCACCUUGAAAAUGAUAUUAGCAAUUGCUAAUACUAGCGUCAACGUGGUUCAAAUGUACGGUCACCACAAAAAACAGCAUCAUUGAUUGCUACUACCAUCAAAUUUAACUGAAUUUAUCAACAACUCUAGAGCAAUUUUUAGUAAGUCUGUGUCCCACCUGAAAUUGUUCUUGUGGGCCAAAAGGGCCAUGGCCCACUGUUUGAAAACCAGUAAACUAGGCAAUGUUGCCCCCGUUGUUCCUUGAAAACGAAGUCUCAAAACAUUGCUUUUAGCAAGUUUCUGAAAGUAUGCUAAGUGAUUCUCCUUUGUAACCUUUUUCUAUGUAUUGUUGUAUAUUUUGUUAGCAGUUUUUUUUAUGCAAAAUAGUACAAAUAAGAAAAAUUGGUUCUAAAGU